UAUUGUUCCGGUGCAGAUUUCAAACCCGUCCAGUCGUCAACCGAGCUGGGGAACCGUCAACCGAAGCCGGAUUAUUUUUGAUAAAAUACCGCUUUGGCGAAGAUUGUUUUAGAUAUUUUUUAAAGUUUGAGGUGGAAACAUGAGAGUGAGUGAAGUGCACGCAGCGGAGUGUGGAGCCUACCUCAACCGAGCCCAGGUCAGGUUGCAGGAAAUUUGGGAUGAAAUCGGGAUUCCGGAAGAACAGCGUGUUCAGAGAACCAAUGAUGUUCACAAGCACAUCAAAGGUCUGCUGGAUCUAAUGAUUAAGGAAGAAGAGGAGCUCAAGAAGAGAUUACUGAAAAACAUUCAGUCAUGUGUUAAGGAACUACAUCAUUUGUGCAGUGAACUUCAGCUGCCCUCCUUUGAGGAGGAAGAAGGCUGCACCAUGUUGCAGCUGGAGAAGAACAACCGCACACGACUAGAGAUGAUGAAGGGGCACAAGAAGCAAAGAAUGGAAGAGCUUAAGGGCCUUGUUAGCAAAGACCGUGAGCUCUGUGCCAUUAUGUGCACAACCCCAUUUUGCAUCGACACCGACUCCAUCCCAUCCCUGAAGCAACUUGAGGCAUAUCACGCCUACAUGGAUGAUCUUACCAAAGAGAAGGAACAUCGUCAUGAUGAAUUUGUGAGCGUCAAAAAGGAGAUCAUCGCAUUCAUGGAGGAUCUGGAGCGGCACCCAGAGACUAGCUUUGAGAUGGAUGUGAUCUGUGAGGAUGAGGAGGAAUUUUGCCUGUCAAAUGACAACAUUGCUGCUCUUAAACUACUUCUCAGCCAGUUACAAAGACAAAAAGCUGAGAAUGAACAAUGUUGUUCAGCUUUACGUUCUAAGAUCCAAGAGCUGUGGGAAAGACUUCAGAUUCCCCAAGAGGAGAGGGAAGCCUUCUCUGAGCAUAUGGUCAAGACAAAGAAGAGAAACAUGGAGGCACUCCAGGCUGAGGUCCAGCGUCUAGAGUUGCUGAAAAUGCAGAGCAUGAAGACGGUCAUUGAGACUAUCAGAGCUGAGAUUGCUCUGUUCUGGGACAAGUGCUUUUACAGUGAAGAGCAGCGGCAAUUGUUUGUUCCAUACUAUGAUGAUGAUUUCACUGAAGAGCUACUCAACCUGCACGAGGCAGAGAUCAGGACCCUGAAGAUGUGUUACGAGGACUACAGAGAACUCCUUGAUGGAGUCACAAAAUGGCAGGAGAACUGGACCUUGUACAUGGAACUUGACAAAAGGGCAAAUGACCCUUCGAGGUUCACCAACAGAGGUGGGAACCUUCUGAAAGAAGAGAAGCAGAGAGCCGAGCUGCAGAAAAGUUUGCCUAAGCUGGAAAAGAGUCUUAAAGCCCAAAUUGAUGCUUGGGUGGAAGAGCAAGGCAAAGAAUUCCUUGUCAAUGGGCAGAAAUUUCUAGACUACGUGCAGCAGCAGUGGGAUCACCACCAUGCUGAAAAGGAGAAGGAGAAACAGGAGAGACAAAUGAAGAAGACCAAACAGAUCCAGGAGGACAUGUUGUAUGGAACUUCAAUGCGAACACCAUCCAAAAGGCGGAUAGCAGGGGCCGUCACACCUGGGAAAGUACGCAAGCUCAAUAUUACUUCCACGCUCUCCACCCCAAAUAGCCUCCUUGGUUCAGGCCUCAGUGGAACUCUGUGCCAGUCCUCCCUCCAGAAACCCCCUUUGUCUGCCAGCAAGGGUUCUGGCCUUCGAACACCUGGACUUGGUAAAACUCCCCGUGCACUCGACAGAAACAAGGAAAACAUCUCUCAUCUAAGAAGCACUCCAAGGUCUCAGGAUACUCAAGAUAACACCUUCACCAUGGUUGCCUAUUCGGAAUUUACGAGGGACCUCUCGAAGGCUUCCAAUGUGAAGUCUGCCGUGCUGAACUCCACUGUCAGUCACCAUUGACGGGGUCACACCAUCCAGCUGGGCUGUAGUUCGCUGUGGCAUUCAGAUAGUGGGAACGUUAGUGUAAACUUCUCACAAAACGUAUAAAUGUUCCAGUACAUGUAAACACUUUUGUGCCUCCUAUAAAUUAUGAUUUCUUCUAAAUGUAUUCUGGGGGGAGUCCUGCUGUUUGUGGCAAGUUAUUGAUAUUCAUACCAAGUUGGUCAGUUUCCUUUUUUAGGUGUUACAUGUUUUUAAAUGAAAUCUUUUAGCAUAUCUAGGGACGUUUUAGUGUUGUAGCAGCUAGCUGAAUAUCCAGGGUUUUUUUUUUUAUU